AAGAUGGCGGCGCGUCGCGGGGAGAUGACGGCAGGUGUGGGCGCCGGGGCGCUCGAGGCGGGGCCAGCGGGAGACGGCGAUGGGGCUCGCUGAGGAGGAGGACGCGGGGCGGAGGCGGCGGUGCCGCUGCUGUUGACGAGGCGGGGGAGCGAGCGAGUGAGCGGGGCCCGGCUGAGAAGAUAAAGGAGAGACACUUUCAAAAUGAGCAGAAAGCCUCCUAAUCGUCCUGGGAUCACAUUUGAGAUUGGUGCUCGCUUGGAAGCACUGGAUUAUCUGCAAAAAUGGUAUCCGUCACGUAUUGAAAAGAUAGACUAUGAGGAGGGGAAGAUGCUUGUCCACUUUGAACGCUGGAGUCAUCGUUAUGAUGAAUGGAUUUACUGGGACAGCAAUCGGUUGCGCCCUCUUGAAAGGCCAUCUCUAAGGAAAGAGGGUUUGAAAGAUGAUGAUGAAUUCAUUGAUUUUAAACCUGGAGAAGAGGUUCUAGCUCGCUGGACAGACUGUCGAUACUAUCCUGCAAAAAUUGAAGCAAUUAACAAAGAAGGAACGUUCACUGUUCAGUUCUAUGACGGAGUGAUUCGUUGUCUUAAAAGAAUGCAUGUUAAAUCCAUGCCGGAAGAUGCCAAAGGGCAGGACUGGAUAGCUUUGGUCAAAGCUGCAGCAGUGGCAGCAGCAAAAAACAAAGCAGGAGUUAAACCACGGACCAGUGCAAACAGCAAUAAAGACAAAGAGGAUAGAAAAUGGUUUAAAGUACCUUCAAGGAAGGAAGAAACCUCAACCUCAACCAUUGUCCAGGAAGUUCAGAAGAAGGAAGAACAAUCAACAUCCAGUGAGACAUUUGGAUUCCCUCUAGUGGACGUCCCAAAGAUUGCCUUUGUACAGGCAGAGAAUGCAUUAGCACACAAGAGAAAAAACAACUUAGGCAACUCAUUUCAGGCAAAGAGGGCUCGUCUUAACAAGAUCACUGGUUUAUUGGCAUCCAAAGCUGUAAGCGCAGAUGGUGCUGAAAAAAAGGAAGAUACCAAACAAGCAGCUCCAGUCUUGGAGCAGGUAUGAAACUGUAGCGUUUGAUUCUUUUACAAGGGUCCUACUGGAAUGUACCAUGGGAAAUGUCGGGUCCAUGAUGUUAACAUUACCUCGCCAGACAGAAGGUAUUGGGGACGAAAGAAUUAUUUGUAUGUUUAUACCUCUGCAUAAAAAUGAAGUUAAUGACAGUAAGUCUGUGAUCCUAAGGCUGCAUAACAUGGAAGCAGGUCCACACUUAAUUAAGGGCUUGGCUGUGCACUUAGGAUUGAGCAGAUUGGUGUCUCAGAUCAUGGCUACCUUUACUUUAAUAAGCAGACAUCUUGAAAAUCAGAGACGUCUGUCCCCAGGUACCAUUUCAAUAUAGGUGAAAUUAUGCCCACAAGUGGCUUACAAGACCCUUGACACAAAUUAAAUUUGUGCUCAUGACACAGGGUUUUUGACAUCUAGCAAAACUUCUUUUGUAAGAAGUUUUCUUUGUAAGAAUUGGUGUUGUAAACUUGUAUGUGUUUUAUGAAACUGUUCAAUGAGCCAUACCUUUUUUUGCUAGGAUGUAUAUUUUUAAUAUGAAAAAAGGAGACAUGAAAACAUCUUGGGGGUCUGGUUUGAGUCCACAACUAAAGUGGAUGUGACCACAUACUCUCUUAUUCUAUUCAGUUGAGUUUUCUCGUAUCUGACAUUUUGUGCAUGGCAGUGCCUACUAAUAACAGGGCUAUAGAUUAACCAUGCUUGGAGAUUCAGCUUACUUUACAAUUAACAUAUAGGAAUGGCUUCUAGGACUGAGCCUGUGCCUGAAAAAUGCUAAUUAUGGAUUUAUAGACAUGUGCACACUGUUCUGCCCACUCUUUGUUGUUCCAUUUUUUAGAAUACUAAGAUUCUGUUGUUUAAGCUUUUGCAGUUUUUCUUCCAAUAGAAUUGAUUUAAUAGAUGUUAAUGAUUAUGCCAUGCAAGAUGGCAGCUUGGGCUCCUAAUUGAUAAGUAAACAUCCUGUCAGGGAGCAGUUGAGCUUCCAGCUUGGAAAUAGAAGUCUUUCUGGCUUCCAAAAUUGAUUUUUUCCCCCAACUUGCAGCUCUUUUUUUGUGAAAAUGUUCCCAAACUCAGUGUAGCUUACACAGUUUUUUCAGGCUUUUUAUGAUCUGAUGUUUCCUUUUUAGGAAUAAAUAACUUCAAUCUAGGUAAACCCACCCUGAUACCUGGUAUCAGUAGCAUUAUAUUUUCCCAGUAUCCUAGGAGAAAUUGCUAGUACAGUAGAGUCUCACUUAUCCAACAUAAACGGGCCAGCAGAACGUUGGAUAAGCGAAUAUGUUGGAUAAUAAGGAGGAAUUAAGGAAAAGUCUAUUAAACAUCAAAUUAGGUUAUGCUUUUACAAAUUAAGGACCAAAACAUCAUGUUAUACCACAAAUUUGACAGAAAAAGUAGUUCAAUACACAGUAAUGCUAUGUAGAAAUUACUGUAUUUACGAACUUGGCACCAAAAUAUCACGAUGUAUUGAAAACAUUGACUACAAAAAAGCGUUGGAUAAUCCAGAAUGUUGGAUAAGCGAGUGUUGGAUAAGUGAGACUCUACUGUACAUGCUUGUAUACACAAAUGCACACACAAACACACAAAACACUUACAUUGAUAAACCAUGUGAACCAUUCAUUUGCAGGUUCAUUGUCUGAUCUAGGCAGUAACUUCCUGUGUGAUCUUGAAGCUUAUGUGCUCAACAGGAAACAAAAAGCAAACUUUCUUUUGUGUAACACUGACUUCAGCUUUAUAGGCUGCAAACACCAGUAGUAUUCCCCAUUUCUUGUUGACCUGCUAUGUGGAUGGAUGAUUGAUAGAUAGCCAUACAGUGAAGUCACAGAAGCAUGUAUUUGGACCUUGGUGUGCCCUGGAAUCAUGUCUAUAAAUAACCAUAUGGCUGUGCCCACAACAUCUUCAGCACUUUUCAGGCAUUAGUGGCUUAAAGAAGACUUUUACGUGUUGGCGAAAUCUCCUUAAAGGCUUGCUAAAGAAACCUAAAUUUAUAGACAUGUUUAUUUAUUCAGAUCAGAGCCUUAACCUUGCUUUUAAUGUGGCUUUUUUGUUGUCCAUAGUGAUUAGCAUUUUUUCAACGAUUUACCCUUUAAAGAGUGCUUUUCUUCUACCACUCUGUUCAAGCCAACCCUUUUUGAAAUCUUUCUUUCACACUAUGACACCUAAUCAGAUUGAGAAUAUCUAUAUGAGCAACUUCAUCAUUACAAAUACUUUCUUUUCCCUCAUUAACCCUUUGCUGGUCCUGGGAGCACACUGUUAUGGUACGUGUGGUUUUUACACAACUGGUUUAGACUUUACAACUGAACCUGGGUUUAGGAAUUAAGCAAUGGAAAUGUGUGGAUUUCCCCCUGCUCCCAGUUAACUACCAGCAAGGUGAAAAUGAUAUCAGAGACUCCUCCCAAUUCUCAGGACCCUCUUUUCAUUUUACUUUGAUCCGCAGUUGUCAAAACUGUGGGAGGGUUGUUUGUUUUAGGGCAACGGUCACUGUUAUCCCACACUUUGUUCUUGAUCACUAAACUAGGGUUCAGUUACAAGUCUUGACUGGGUCUGAAGGGCCAUUUUUGAGUCACUGUUGUCAGUGCAUUCUUAUGACAUUUCUGUAUAAACAUUGAUAGUGCAUUACCAAACAGCACAGCAUCUAAGGGUAGUACCAUAAGCUCCAAAGAAUGCAAGGCUUCCAACAAAAAUAGCAGCCUGAUAUUGAGGAGGUUUUUUUUUACCUGCAUAAUGUCUGCACAGUAGUCUUCAAAUUUUCACAGCCAAAAACCAUCUUUAGUUUCAAGAUGGGAGUCAACUUGGAUAAAAUGUUCUCGCACAUAUUUUCCCCUUUGCUUUCUUUAUUUGCUUUAUACAUCUCCCUUUUACUUUAAAAGAAAACAAAACAAAUGUUAAAAAAUGUGAGGUGGUGGCACUGUGGCAUGACCACGUUGGCUCUCAUAACCUGUGUAUCUGAGAUCAUUGCUCCAAAUCAACAUGUCAUGGUCUCUGUAUGUCUUCUCCUGCCUCUACUUGAUGCUAGCAAUUGCAGGAAAACCCAUAUUCCAAAUGCCAUCAGGUCAUACUUUAUUAAGGUUAAAGGCGUCAAGCUGCAACUUGCCUGUUCAGUUUUAUACCUCAUAAAAUCAGAGAUGCUGGAAAGCAUAGAGAGUGGUAUAGGUUGAGUAUCCUUUUUUUGAAAUGCUUGGGAAGAGAAGAGUUUUGGAGUUUGGAUUUUUUUGGCGGGGGGCUUGGAAUAUUUGCAUAUACAUCUUGGAGAUGAGUCCCUAAUUAUGAAAUUCAUCUGUGUUUUAUAUACACCUUAUAGAAUGGUCUAAAGGUAAUUUUAUACAAUAUUUUAAAAUAAUUUUGUGCGUGAACAACACUUUGUGUACAUUGAUCUUUCAGAAAGUUGUCAUUAACUGUCCAUGUGGACAAUUUUGGAUGUUGGAGUAUUUCGGAUCAAGGAUGCUCAAUCUUUAAAACUUCUGCCAUUAAGUCGGUUUCUCUCAUGCAUUGCUUUGCCACCCUGCACUCAGUUUCCCCACUGAUAGAAAUUAUGUACUGGAAUUCUAAAAAUUACUAUUCAUAAUUCAGGCCAUGGUGUGUAAUAAUUAAUGAAGAGCAGACAUCAUAUUUCUCACCAAAUGUGCCUGCCAACAUAUAAUGGAAAAGCAAUCUUUAGUGUUAUUAUGCACCCUAGGAAAUGGUUUGGAGUAUUCCAGCUAGUUUGCUUUCACAUUGUGCCACCUUUAUACAUGAAACCAAUUAUGAAAUGCAUAAUGGAUUGAUUUAAUUAAUCUUCAGCAAAUGGUGCAGUUCUUAACUCACCUGGCAUAGCCGCUAUUGAAAUGAUGUCAAUUUUCCAGACUCUUUUUUUUUUGGUAAGCAACAAAAGAUACAAACAUGCAACACUGUUCAUAUUAAACUAUACUUUGCUGUUUCUAUUUCUGUUGGAAGUUAUCAAAAACCACAUCAGGUUGUUAAAUUCACAGUCCUUAAAAUAUUUUUUUGCAAACAAUUAGAUUAUGUGAUAUUUUAAAGUGUCUAGAAACCAAAUUGGAGCAUUCCUAUUUUGAGUAGGAAGAGUUAUAAAUUUGUUCAAUUCUCAAAAUUAAAAUAACACCCUUAAUUACUAACCCUGUUGAUACAAAUAAUGUCUUAAUAAAAAAAACCUCAGAGGCCCUGUGCCGAUGUAAAUUUGGCUUUAAGCAAAUCAUGCCAUGCUAACUGGGAGUUAGAAAUGUAGCUUCAAAGCAAUCUCUGUUCUGUUCUGAUGUUAGCCACAGUUUUAAAGUUAUGUACAUGCAGGUGAAAACAUUCCCCUUUCAAACCACAAAAUAUGAUUAAAUGUAUGUGGGAUUUAAAACCAUCGUUAUAAAACAGCCUGACAAGCGUUUUUAACAAUUAGUGUCAGUGGAUAUACAUGUAUUUGUAUAUCCACACAUUCAACCAUCCGUGACUUGAAAAUAUUUUAAAAAUAUGAAAAAGCAAGCCUUGAUUUUGAUGUUUUAUAUAAGGGAAACCAUUUUACUACAUCAUUGUAUGUAAUUUUGGUAUCCAAGCUGUGGUUCAUGCUGGAAUGGAGCAAGGAUUGUGUUUUCAUUGGCUGAAGCUGGCUCCCAACGUGCAAUCCAUGCUUGUGAGAAGUCAGCAUUACAUCCAUCCUGGACCAGAAUUGCUUUAUAAUGGCCAAGUUAUUUAGAGGCCAUAACAUUUCCAGUUCAACAAUGUUUCUCAGUUUUUUAAAAUAUAAAAAUGUAAUGUGAAAGAGAAGUCCAGGGUCAGCAGUCUUAUUACACUGUUGAUUUCCUCUCUCCCCCCUCUCUGGUUUACAACUGUUCUAAACCGAAACCCUCAGGUUACACAAUGCAGGUACAGUAAUCUCUUUAACUGUAUUAUUAGGGUUGGGCCAUGUUGUAUUUACCUUUGAACAGCAUCUGCUUAGAUGAAUGAAUAACGUUCAUUAAGGUCUUUUUUAAUGUUUAAUUUUGUCCUUGUUAAGAGGUUGAGCACCUUAUUAGAACAAGUUUAAAAAUCUUGUUUUAAAUAAUUUUGUAACUUUGAAAGUAAUGGUUGCUGUAGUGCUGUCUUUCACACAUGUGAAGAUAAACAAUAAAAGCAUUUAUUUACAA